AUGCUUCUUCAAGCGGUGGCUGUUGUGGCUCUGACAGUGGCAGACCUUGCCCAUGCCACAGCAGUGACCCCCAAACGUCAGACCUCCCAGUCAGAGUCAUCAGAGCAAGAGCCAUCGUCUGCUCCCUCGCUCACUCGGUGGACCGAGGGGCCUCACUUGGCCGUCGACUACUAUCCUUCGCAAUGGCCCGAGUACAUGUGGGAAGACGACAUUGCCCAAAUGUCCGCUGCCAACAUCUCAUAUGUGCGGAUCAACGAGUUCGACUGGGCCAUUCUCGAACCGGCGGAGGGGCAGUACAACUUCACUCUCCUGGACCAGACGCUGGAUCUGCUGCAACGAUAUCAGCUCCAAGCGAUCAUCGGGACGCCCACGGCCGCACCACCGGACUGGCUCUACCAGAAGUAUGACAUCAGCUUCGUCGACUACACCAACACGACCAAGCAGUUCGGCUCGCGCCGGUACUACAGCUCCUCCUCGCCGGACUACCGUCGAAUGAGCCAGCAGAUCACGCGCCAACUGGCCGAACGGUACGGCAACCACUCCGCCGUGGCGGGCUGGCAGUUGGACAACGAGUUCGGAUGCCACGACACCGUGCAGAGCUACGACCAGAACGCCAUCCAGCGGUUCCGGAUAUGGCUGCAGGACAAAUACGGCACGAUUGACCAGCUCAAUGCCGCCCAGGGCCGGGUGUUCUGGUCGAACCAGUACACCGACUUCGACGCGAUCCACCCCCCGUACAUGGAGGUCUACACGCCGCCGCCGAGCCACCUCCUGGACUGGUACCGCUUCAGCUCGGACAUGAUGAUCGAGUUCGCGCGGGAGCAAGCGACGAUCCUGCGCCAGCACGCGCCCACCCAGUUCAUCACGACCAACAUGAUGAUGGGCUUCCUCGCGUUCGACCACUUCAAGUUCGCGCGCGAGGUGGGCCUCGACCUGGCCACCUUCGACGAAUACCCGCUGUCCGGGCCGAGCACCGUCUCGUGGCUCUCCGCCGCCGAGCAGGCCAACUAUCUGUACACGGGACUCCCCGACUGGCAGGCGCUGCACCACGCCCUCUACCGCGGCGUGGCGGGGGCGGCCUACAACACCACCGCCGGCCCCUUCGGCGUCAUGGAGAUGGAGCCCGGCGUCCUGAACUGGAGUCCCUACCGGGUCUCCCCCUUGCCGGGGAUGGUGCGGCUCUGGACGCACGAGACCUUCGCCGACUCGGGCGACAUGGUCUCGUAUUUCCGGUGGCGGCAGGUACCCUUCGGCGCCGAGCAGACGCUCUCGGGCCUCUUCACGUCGGACAACACCGCCGACGAGGGCUUCGACGAGAUGCAGACCUUCGCCCACGAAGAUCUCCCCAUCCUGAUCAAAGCCCUCAAAACCAACAACCACACCCACAGCCAAAAACAGCAGCACCACCAAGCCGACGUAGCCCUCAUCUUCUCCUACACGGCGCACCAAGCCUGGACCAUCUCGCCCUACAGCGGCACCUGGGACCCGACAACAACGAGCUACACCGACCCAACAGUCACCUACCUAGAGCUCGUCUACAAAUUCUACUCCGCCCUCCGGCGCCUAGGCCUCUCCAUCGACAUCCUCCCAGCCGACCACCCCCCGCCGCUCCAGAACUACAAACUCAUCGUGAUCCCCAGCCUCCCCAUCAUCCCGCCGACCCUAAACGAGACGCUCGCCAACCACAGCGGCCCCAUAAUCCUCGGCCCGCACACGGGCGCCCUCACCGAGACUUUCAGCUACCAGCCGGGCCUAGCCCCCGCGCGGGGCCCGAUCCACGCGCGCCUGCCCAUGAAGGUCACGCGCAUCGAGACCCCGCCGGACUACGCCGGCCAGAGCGUCGCGUACGCCGGCCGGCGCUUCAACAUCUCCGGGUGGGCGGAGUGGGUGGUCUGCGGGCGGGACGAGGCGACGCGGCUGCGGUAUACGGGCCCGCGCCACCGGCAGGGCCGGCCGGCGGGCUGCGCCGCGAACGGCGUGCACUAUCUCGGGGUGAAUCCGACGGUCGAGCUGCUGGUCGCGUAUCUGGGGGAUGUGGCGCGCGAGGCGAAUCUGACGGAUGUUCUGGGGCGGUCGGUUCGUGGGGGCGGGGGUAUGACGGAUCUAGGACCGGACCUGCGGUUUGCGCGGCGCGGGGCCGUGCUCUGGGGGUUUAAUUAUGGGUUGGAGGCGGUGCGGGUGCCUGAGAUUCUGGGGGCGAGGCGGGUGGUCAUUGGGAGUCGGAAUGGGUCGGAGAUCCCUGCGGCUGGGGUGGUGGUUUGGAGGCUGGGGGGUGAUGGUUAUGAUGAUGAUGAGGAGGAGGACGCUUGA